CAAAAUGCCGCAUGGAGAGGAAUGGGACUACAGCCACUCGAAAAUUGCUUAUCUCCUUUUGAUGCAUACCGUACUGUCGAUUACAGUGGUGAUAGUUGCUUUGUUCUGUGAAUACUCGACAAAUGUAUGGACCACUUCCAGCCUCCGUUUUGGUAAAUAUGGUAUCAAAGCACUCGGAGACAUCCGGGUAACCCCAUCGACCCAGAGAAACUUGGGGGCGUUGGGGCCGGUUGGAGCUACAAAACCUAGGAUUGAGGUUAUUGAGCACGUAACCGAUAAGGAAGCCUCCAUAGAAUUUGACGCUUCUGAGCAAAAAUUCGUGUACAGCCUAACCAUUCCCACUGAGCGCUACCAAACGUGGUCCAACUGGUCCAAAUGUGAUCCAAUUGAUUGUGUCCAGCGUCGACGCCGUGAAUGUGCUGACGGAUCUUGGAAGCCAUCCGACGUCAAUAGAUCAGGUGCAAGACGCUGUCCUAGUAGAUAUUACGAAGUGACGCGCACAUGUAAGAAUAAGAAAACUUGUUUAACCUAUGGUAUGCUUGAAAACUGUGGAAUCCAAAGCGCGAACGAAGACGCUGAGUCAAACCCUACUGGAGAUAAAAGAACAACAUCGAAUUCAUGGCCAUGGCUGGAUUCGUGUGAACGUGACUGUAGAAGUGGGCUUUAUUGCAAGCUUCCGUACACAAACAAAUGGCUGCUGGCGGGUGUGAGAAACUACGGCACGGAAACUGAAGGCCGACCAGGUACUGGAAUAUAUACUUCGGCAAUUACAGAAAAUGAGUGGAUAUGGUCAAGGAUAGGGAAAUCGCCUACAUAA